AUGACUGCAUGUGAUUUGUUACAGAACAGUGGUUGUCUUAGUUGCUAUAAUAAACCCACGGUAAUUACCUCCGUGGGUGAGCAAUCAAAAGGACCAAACGUUAAAGGCGAGACUGUGAAGAAACCUAUCAUAUCAGAGGAUUUCUGGACCACCAGCACGUGUGAUAUGGAUAACAGCGCAGUGCAGUCACAAGGAAGCAUCUCAUCAAUCAGCAUGGCUAACCAAACCCUUGAUCCACAUGGUGGCUCUGGCAGUGCUAACAACCUUUCUGAAUUUGUAAAUCAUGGCAAGUUCUCAUGGCUUAUUUGUCUGCACUCGAUACUUAUGUGCACUUCCCCAUCUGUAUGUCUUCUUCUUUGGAAUCAAACAAGACAUCGUUGGGUGGGAAAUAAAAGGUCUGGGAACCAGGCUCAGCUGUCUCAAGAACCCAAAUUAAAUUGGAACGUGACAUAUGAAAGUUUACUUGGGAGCAACAAACCGUUUCCCCAGCCUAUUCCACUGUCUGAAAUGGUGGAUUUUCUUGUGGACAUUUGGGAACAGGAGGGUAUGUAUGAUUAA